GUAGAAACGAAUGUUACUCAAAUCGUCACGAGUAGAGCCUGACUAUAGUUGAUAAAGUAAAAGUAUUUGACACGUCACAUCACUAGUUGUCAGUGCCGAAGUACAGUAGUGCUACUAGUCACCUCGCUUCCUUUUACUGUACCUUAUACAAACAUGUUGUGUAAAAUUGUCGUACUGGCUGUUAUCACCUCGUGCUUCCAGCAAGGAGAUGCCCUCAAGUGCCACUCCUGCACCUCCAUGACAGACCCCAAGUGCGGAGACCCCAUCGACAGCAGUGUGGGUCUCACCGAGUGCACUCCAGAGAUCCUGAAGGACGCCUCCAAAGUUGUAAUGGGUCUUGCAAACGUCGCCUCCGGGUUCCUCGGUUUUCUUGGAUUUGACGAUGUCAAGGAACUCGACAUCAAUGAUGCCUUUGCUUGUGUCAAGGCCGUCAUACAAGAGGGUGAAAACAAGGUCGUUAACAGACGUUGCAGCAUUCCCAGUGUCAUAGACCUGUGUGGCAAAGUGAAGGAUAAAUAUGGAGACGACGUCAAAUUCUGUGAGACCUGCACCUCCGACGGCUGUAACGGAGCCUCCGGAGUCUCGCCCAACUCCCUGCUGGCACUCCUGGUCGUGGCAGUGACUGCUCUGCUGGUGCAACUGUAAACCUUCACUUGAUGUUAUUGUAGGUUGUAGAAGCUAUCUGCUGAUAUUUGGUUCCGUGACAUUCCGGAAAUCGUGCUUGCAAAACACAAUUACAGUACAAACGUGACGAGAUUAUUUUCUACUCCAGGUUUACAGUUCCAUUAUCGUCGCACCUCGAAGCUAUGAUCACCAGAUAUAUUUUUUUAUUUGUUUGCAUUACUAUGAGAAGCUUAAUAUUUUUGUUCCAAAUUUCAAUAAAGGCAUU